GCGAACCUACAUAGGCUCAGAAAACACGGUCUCGCCCGCAGUACACACACUCACACACACUCGGCUGGUUGUGGAUUCUCCAUCUUACUUCAUACAUCUGCAGGCCAGUUUGCAGACGAGCCAGACGAACCUGCCUCAGGGAGAAGGAGAAUGGAGAACAACAUGUGACCGACACUGUGCGCCACUGUCGACAGCAUGCCUCGCCUCCACCGGACCUUGGCUCUGUUCUUCUGGUAUUUUUUGCUGCUUCACAGGCAGACUCUGGCCGAUGAAGAGGGCCACUGGGGGCGGUUGCCAGCAACUAAAAAAGCACCUGUGAUUAAUAAAGGAAGGUCUUAUUGGUGGCCUAUAUCAAAGGUGGGUUCAUACUUUUACGGGAGUUCAGAUGAGUUGACCACAGCUGCCAAGGGGCUGACAACACCGGUUGAGCACUUGCAACAUCACUCGGGGUCGGGAGAAGGGAGCAUUUCUGAGGCGUCUCAACCACCCACCACUUUGACUCAGGGCCUCCUAACCAGCGUAACGAAGAUAAGAGCUGAAUCACUUCCCACAGGAACAUCAGAUUCUCCACACGGCAGCAGAUUUCACAGCGACAAUGAUGCUCUUGUUUCAGACUCCUACUCUCCAACAAGCAGCUCCGUCAGAAACACUCUGUUCACCGACAGCCCCACCAGCACCGCCGCUCCCGACCAAAAUGCAACACAUACCCACCCACCAGCGAGCACCAGACGAGCUACUGAACCCAGCAUGGACCACAGUGUUUAUAAGGAGGCUGCACAUUUUUCAGCAACGACAUCUUCAACAGUAGCACCAGAAACUACAGUUCCCACUGCCUUGACAUGGGCAACGGCCCAAACCACAACAACACACCCAGGGCAAACAGAGGCCACGCUAAUCAGAAGACUUCCUCUGGGGCCUGUUACUCACCCUACCUCCACGGGAAGCAUGUCUGCUAGGGGGCCACAGGCUUCAACUGUUAGCAUUACUCUGAAAGCCGGAGAGUCCACAAUGUUUGGGACUCACCCCACGCAGAGUGUGGAGGAACAUCCAGGGGGAAUCGCCACAACCCUGGGGAUCGAUUACAACCUAGCCCGGGAAUCCACAACAAGCACAAGCCAAGGGGUUAACUUCCCAAUAGCAGGAGAGCUGCCGGGCAAAGAAGAUAACGAGGCCAAGGAGGGUGCGGUUCCUUCAGCAGCAGACGGCUACGCUAACACGAGCUCGGCAGACGCCUCCACGCCGUCCGCUAAGCUGCUAACGGCGUCCCGGCCUCGGAGCACAGGUGUUCCUCCCAAAUCUACACAUAUUCCUCUGAAUACUAAAGACUGGAUAUCAAACCAGGCAGAAAGUGACGUCACCUUCCUUCCGGACUGCAAUAAAGAGCGCUCCGGUAUCUGCAACCUCUCCGACGCGUGGGACUCCACAACGUCCUCGCACGUCAAGCCCACACAAAACACCACUGCCACCAAUCAGACAAGCAACCCCUUCCUGAUCCCAGCUCAACCAAUGCUGGUGCCCUUGUACACCGACUGGAACAGCGCCAUGGCGGCCUGGGGCAUGGCCUGGGAGGCACAUGUCUACGGCGCUGGUUGCAUCUUUGCGAUGCUGACGAUAGCCUCGGCGCUCAAUCUGCUCUGCUUGCCGCUGCGAUGCCCGUCUGGAUGCGGCUACUUCGCUCUGGUCAGCUUGUUCCUCCUAGCUGCCGGUUGCACCAGAUCCUUCUCACUCCUCUACGACGCCUACGGACACCAGGACCGACUGUCUUCAACAGAGGCCUCCCUGAUGCUCUACGAAGCACCCUUUCCCUGCCUCACUGCAGCCUUCGGCCUGGUUUUCCUCCUCCUCUCCAUGCGCUCAAGAAUGCAGCUCUCUUACUCAGCCUUCCAGAGACCCUGUUUCCUGGCCUGCCUGGUUUUCGUGCACUUUGCCGCUGCGUUCGGUCCGGUGACAUUACUGAAGUUCUACCAGCAAAAGCCUCCGAUGUGCCUCUUCCUUUCACUCAUCUCCCGUGGAGCCUUUGUGGUGCUAGCAACAUUUUUGUCUGUCGCCUAUUUUGUGUUCUACAUCUAUGUGCGUGCAGACUCAAAGCACAUCUACCACCUGAACAACACAUCUCCGACACCUGCUGAGCGCUACAACCGCUGCCCCUUUGCCGAGAGCCGGGACUGGGACCGUGCAGCUGUAACAGUGUGUCUCUCGGCACUGUUUUCUUUAGCGUGUGCAGGACUUCAGCUGUAUGCGAUGCUGAACGCUAUGGGUGUCGCGGGUGGAGAGGAGGUCUUCCACCCUUGGCCGUGGUGGACUUUUCAGUUUAGCUGCAGACUGUGCGAGCUCGGGGUUUGUCUCACCUUGGCCUUGGUGGUUGCACAACCAGUUUAUUGCUCAGACCACCUUCCAGACGCUGGGAGCUGCUGGACUGAACUGUUGGCGUCGAAGUCGCCCAUUCUUCCUGGAAGCUACCAGUGGGCGCUGAGCCAGCAAGAGAAGCUUGCCAUCGUUGACACAGUAGGGCUUGGAGAAACUGAGAGCCUUCCUCUUUACACCCUGAUGGAUGAGAGGCUUGGUAGCAGCCUGAACGGCCUGGACCUCCUCUACCACAGCAACCGAGCCUUGGCAUACCGAGACCUGGACUUGGAUUUGGACUUGCACAGCUCAGAAAAACCCGAGGACGCAGGAGGCCGAGAGCCCUCGGGUGGAUCAUCAUUCACCAGUGACUCCACCACAGACCUAAGGCCGCCCUCGCCAAUCAACCUACGUCGCAGCAUAGACGAGGCGCUCUUCAGCGAAGCGCUCUUUCCCAUGAGCCUCUUUGGUCCUGCUCGACCCAUUGGCUGCGGUGACCUGUCCGUGGGCAACCACUGGACACUUCCCAGCAACGGGAUAUGCGAUCCUCUUUCAGCCGACCCUGGCCUUUAUCGAACCUCUUCCUGUGUGGAGAUGGUCACUCAACCCCAACCCCUUUGCACCGUGUCUCAGAGCGUUGAAGGCGCACCGCCAUCACCCUCCCUCUGCUCUUCCUCCAGCUGUUCAUCGGCCGAACGUUGGAGGGGCAGCUCUUCCUCCUGCUCCCUCUACCGAGCCUCUCUGGGAAGCUCCUCGCUGGUCCUCUGCCCGAGCACAGGACACGUGGCAGGCUCCGACCACCAGGGCCACGCUGACCCUCAGAGGAACUAUCAAACACUGGGUGCGGCCUCGCAAGAGAGCCUGGACCUGGACAUGUCAAGUGAGGCAGACCGGUCUGUGCAGGAGGAAUUCAUCAGCGCUUGCAGACAAAUCGAUGCGUUGAGCAUCUGCAGCGAGACUAUUGAUUUAUAAAGGAGAGUCUGGUCAAGCAAGGGUUAUAUUGAGGACUUAAGAAGGGUGUCGGGGAUCUUUACAGAGUAUUCGAUAGUGCAUGGUAGCUUUGCAUACAGCAUAAAGGACCUAUAGCUGCCAAAAUCAAGUAUUCGGAAGUUGGAUAAGCUUUCUUAAUGUGGUCACUAGUGAAUGUGAGCGAAGGUCUAAGUGCCAAGAAUGUCAAAAGCCAAAAGGUAAUUUGUAACUUUUACAUGUUUGAUAAAGGUGGGCGAAGUUUGAUACAGUCAAAAAGAAUAGUAACCUUUUACUGAGUGGUGAUAUAACAAGAUUUGUACAAAUAUUUUUAUUGCAUUACGACAUUCCAAUAGAUAGUACUGUGACUGAAUUAAGCACUUAUUAAAUACUACUGAAGUCAUACACUUUUAAAUUCUGAAUAUCAUCGUCAUUAAAUCUCCUGCUGAAUGAAUGGGAUUAAAAAUUUUCAGUAUGUCGAGCUAUAAACUCUCAUACCGCCGACUGUAAUUGGAGUUAUGGUGCAGCAGUGCCCUCCGCUGGUUAAAAGCACACUACAGUCAUCCUUCUAUGUAAUGGUCCAAACUGCAUAUUAUACUAAUUUAUUUAUGUUUAAAUAUAACUCUGCUCAAAACAAUGUUUAAUAAAGUUUGUUUUAUAAUA